AUGGAGGCGGACAAAGCCUAUGGAUGGAUUGGAUCUCGGACUUUCGGAUUGAAUUUGAACAGUGAUUAUUUGAAUUUCCUCACUUCCCAUUUUCCUCUGCUUCAGUCGGAGACGCCACGAUCACUGCCGCUGCGGAGGAAAUCUCACCGGCUGAGAGCAGCUCUUCACAGCCAUCAGAAGCGGUAGGCCUGUUUUCCCUCUGUGUAUGGUUUAAAGUUUGAAUACAGUGGGUUUGUUCCACGGCCUCGGUUGUGUUGAGCAUCAUUGUUGUGAUUGCUGUGGUCGGCGGAGAUUAAGCGUCUGUUUGAUUGACAGCUUGUGGCGCUGUGUUGGUGGUGCAUAGAGCAGCAGAGGUUGGAGGCGCAGCGCCAUUACGCGCCGGUGUGACUGACUGCUUUGUGAACCAUUGUAAACGCUGUUCAUUCACACGCUGAUUCUGUGUGUUCUAUGGCUGAAAGUGAUGGCAAAAUCAAAAAUAGUGGCAAAAGGAGUGAGACAAAUGAAACGGAAGAAAGGAGGACAAUGGUUAAACUUACAGCCAAGGCUAUGACCCACUAAAUGGUGCCAAUGAUGAUAGAAAGUCCAAAUCCUAGCCUUUUCCAAAAACUGAAGGAAACAUCUUUGCAACCAUGGUGACAGUUGCAAAGAAAAGAAAUGAUAAAGGAACUAAGGAAAGGAAAGUUUGGCUGCUGCUCUGAAAAACUGUUUGUUCUUUGAUGGUAGACAUGAUUUGUGUCUACCUUCAAAGAUGUGUUCACAAUUGGAAAUGAGGACAUAUAAUGAGAAAAUUGCACAUCUAAAGGAAAAUGGGGUGUGUUUUGGCUGUCUGUGUAAAGGAGAUAUCAGCAAAGACUUUAGAAAGCGUCUACAAUGCAACAUAUGUGGUUUAAAGCACCCUAGCAUGCUGCAUAUCCACCAAAGAAGGAUUCAAAAGGAAACCCUUCAUAAAAAGGCACCUAAAUCCAGUGCUGUAGCUUCUGUGCUGACAAGUCGUCUUACUGGGGCCGAUGAGGAUAACUGCAAACUUUUAGUAGGGCCUGUGCAGGUCAAGGCUAAGAAAAGAAAAUUGAACAGUUCAGACAUAAGCAUUUCUGGACCCUGGUGGUAUCAUUUUGCACACUGGGGCUUAUGAAUAAGCUCAAUCAAUCAAAUAUCAAAGUCAAAUAUUCUCCUGCAAACAAUGGGUCAAAAGAAAGUUGUUGAAACUAGUUAAGUCUCAGGCCUAGAGGUUGCUUGACUGGACAGCAGCAAAUUUUGUGAUCUUCCGGCAUAUAUACACAGAAAACUAUACCAGUGCACAAAGGAAACCGUCAUAAUCAAACUGACAUAAACAAUUGGCCUCACCUUAGUGACGUGCAUCUUCCAGAAAUUGACUCUGAAAUAGAAUUGCUGAUUGGUUCAGAUGUACCAAAGGCUCUGAAACCAUUAGACGUCAUCAGAAGUGUGGGAGGGGGUCUCGCCCGGGGAGUAAUUUAGUCUAGAACUGCCACUGGCUCCAAAUAUGCAUCCUGUAUGCAAUACCCAGAGUUGCUCUACAGAGCAAAUAGGGAACUUGCUUAAUGCGGAUCCUGUAUGUUUUCGGCUUUAGAGAUGCUGACCUAGCUUAACGCUACAAACAGUCCCUGAACCUGCUAGAAACUAACAGAAGCACAUCAUCUGCAAAAGGCAGAAAUAAUAUUUUUAAGCUCAGAUACAGGAGAUCCUUCCCUCUGGGGAUGUGCCUUCAGAUCCUGUCUGUAAAGAUCACAAACAGGACCUGUGACAAGAGUCUAGCCAAAUAUGGAUAUAAAUGUGAAAUAAAAAGGACUAAUGAAAUGAUUUAGAUAUACAGUUAAAAGUCGAACAGAGUAAAUUCAUUUAGGGACAUGCAUAAAUAUAUAUAUAGACAUUUUCAGAUACUUGUCCAUCGACAAUGCAUUUGGCAUGCCAUUUGACAGAUAUUAGCAGCUUGUGUCGAAUAUUGAAAUUAAACUUUAUCCCUUAAAAUAAACCUAUAGAUCUCUGAAAAACUAAAAAAAAAAUUAGUUCAGACUAAUUCAUCACACUCAGCCCAUUUGCAACCAUAAUAAAACAGAUUAUUACCCUGAUUUUUGGUCAUGUGGCUCUUGCAGCAAAAUAUAGUGUUAAAUAACAUGCAUUAAGUUUAGAACAUAAAUGUGUAGUUUUUGUUUUCUCCAGCAGAUGGUGCCAUUUACCCACUUUCAGCUGGGAUAACAGCAAACACCUCUCCUCGAGACUGCUGGGGCGUUUAUUCCGCCGUGAAAUAUUUCAAGGGUAA